GCUAGGGUUUGCGGGAGGUUUUCAUGGUGUGCGGACUGGCGAGUGCGGCCCCGAUCCCACAGCAGGGUCCAUGUACAAGGUGAAGUCUUAUCAUCAGGGCGAUGGCGUCGUGGAGCUGCCCACCUGUAUGUACAAGCUGUCCAGUUAUCACAGCUCCACCGUGGAAACUCAGAAUGGAGCUGAAACUUCAGAACUCCUGAAUUUGGAAUCAAGACAGACAGAGAUGCUGAAUCGUUUGUACGAGUUAAAGGCUGUCGUCGAUGGUCUCUCAAAGACUGUUCUCACUCCAGAUGCUGACCUGGACGUGGCAGAAAUUAACCAUGCGUGCUCUGGGCCAGCAGUUCGGACUGCAGUUAACUUAGAUUUUGUACUGGGAAAGAACUCUGGUGCCCUCAGAGACAUCGUCAUCAAUGCCAACCCCUCCGAAGUACCACUGUCACUGUUGGUCCUAUACAACUUGCUGUCUGAGCAAUACAGGGUGCUGCCUUCAGUGCACGUGCACUCCUCCGUGCAAAACAUUCCCUCCCAGCUCUGGAACUGUUUGGGAAAGGAAAGCAUUUGUCGAUCCCGGCAGGAAUAUCAGCUGGGCUUCACCCUUGUCUGGAAGGAUGUCCCCAAACCUCAGAUGAAGUUCAGCAUCCAAAGCAUGUGCUGCAUCGAAGGCGAGGGAAAUGUCGCUCGCUUCCUCUUCGCAUUACUGGGUCAUGAGUAUGAUGCAGUGACCUCCACACAGAUCGACAGCUGGGUAGACAUCGCUAUCUUCCAACUGAGGAAAGGAAGCAGCAAAGAGAAGGCAGCAGUCCUGCGCUACAUGAACUCUGCCCUUAGCAAGAGCCCCUGGGUGGUGGGAACCGACCUGACACUGGCUGAUGUGGUGCUGUACUGUGCCUUACUGGAGAUAGGGUUUGCAGGUAUCCCUGCUAAUGUCCAGAGAUGGGUGAAGUCAUGUGAGAAUCUGUCAUGCUUUUAUCUGGCAUUGAAACCAUUGAAGUAAAUGUCAUGGGUUAUAAUGUAACUAUCCUCUAAUCUUUGUGGCAUUCAAAAUUAGCUCUUAAUAUUUACUGAAGGAUAUACCUAUUUAAACUAUGUAAUAAAUAUUUUUAAAGGCA